GUUACUGGCUUUUGCUAGCAACAAUGGUUAUGGACAAAAGAGAGUUGAUUAUACAUUGAGUCUUCCAACAAAUCUGGAGUUGCCUAAUAACUUGAGAUAUAUUCAAUGGGAUGGAUGUCCAUUAAAAAAUCUCUGUCAACCACUUCUUGGCCUAGCAAGCUUGUUGAACUCUCCAUGCCAUACAGUGAUGUUGAAAAGCUUUGGGAUGGGCCACAGGUAAUUUUUUUUCCCUUCUAAAUUUAUCCCUUACAGUGAUAUAAGUUUAAGAAAGGAAAUGAAUAUUAACUUGCUUGAUUCAUUGUAUGUCACUGCAGAAUUUUCCAAGUUUGGAGAAAAUAUAACUGAAUGGCUCGAAACAAAUGAUAGAAUGUCCAGAUUUCUCAGGUGCCCCAAAUCUAAAUUCAAUAUGGCUGAGUGCAUGUGAAAGCUUGAUUCAAGUUCAUCCUUCUAUUUUCUCCCUUCCAAAACUUGACUAUUUAGCUGUGCACGGAUGCAAAAAACUUAAAGAGCCUUUCAAGCAACAAUUGUUCAUCGUCUCUUCGCGCAGUGGUUGCCUACGAUUGCCCAAAUCUGCAAGAAUUCUCAAUCCCAAUUUCAAAAAAUCAGUCCAAUAUUCAUGUCCAUUUGAGGUCAACUGCCUUGAAACAACUACCAUCAUCAAUUGUGCAUCUUCAAGAUCUUACAAACUUCUCAUUUCCAAUAAGUGAUCUCCUGAUGGAUCUUCCUGAAAAGUACACCAAUCAAAUCAUGCUUUCAGACCCUAUUAGUCAUAAAUCUGACCCAGUGGCCACCUUACGUACAAUCCUACCUAGCCCUAUCUUCCGUUAUCUAAAACAACUGAAAUUUGAUGGGUGCCAAAGUUUAACUGAACUCUCAGAUAGCAUUUCUUUGUUAUCAUCAUUGUUGUUCAUAAUCCUGCAUAACACUAAUAUCAUGACCUUUCCAGAAAGCAUUAAAACUCUUCCACGGCUCAAGAUUGUUAUAAUCUGUCAUUGUGAAAGGUUACAACUUUUGCCAGCGCUUCCACCUUCCGUUCAUGACUUCAAGGCCUGGGACUGCAAAUCUUUGAGGACAGUGUCAAGUUCCACAGAACAACUACAGAGACAGCAUGGUACUACUUUCAUGUUCCUAAACUGCGUGAAGUUGGAUGAAGAGUCAUACUUUACCAUUUUGAAAGAUGCCAUUAUUAGGAUGGAAAUUAGGGCUAAAGCACAACAACUAUCACCAAGAUUAGAAGAAAGCAGAAAUGAAGAAUGCACUGUUGUUGAUGAUGGUGAUGGUUAUGUCAGUGAGCAUAAUCCUAAUGUUGGCAAGGUUUGUUAUUUCUUGCCAGUUAGAGGCAGGAAACUUGAUGACUUGUUCCAUCAUUGCUCUUCACAAAAUUCCAUUAGCAUUCAACUGCCACUAAGUUCCAAUUUCUUUGGUUUCCUAUUUUACUUGGUUGUUCCUCCAAUACAACCAUGUAACAUGGGUGAAGUAUUUGAAAUUAGGUUUGGAUUUGAAUGUUACUUGGAAACAAGUUGGGGUGAAAGGACCCAUAUAGCAAGUUCGUCCUCAAUAGAAUGGCACUGCGACUUUAGGCCUGGACUUGAGAUGAAUGUGUUGUCAGAUCAUGUGUUACUGUGGUAUGAUUCACAAUGCUGUAAGCAGAUAAUGGAAAUAAUAGGAGGAAGAAAUGUCAUUGAUGAUGACAAGAAUACGAAUCUGGCAGUCACGUUCUUUGCUUGCCUACCAAACAAGGAGGAAGUGGCUAUAAAAGCGUGUGGCAUCCGUUGGAUAUACACAAAUAUGGAGAAGGAAUCAAGAGGCUGUAGAUUCAAGAGAAGUAGGGAAGUUUUUGAGUCAGAAGCCAUUGCAUCUCCAAAUGAAGAAAAUGGCUUGGAAUGGAUAGAACUAGUUCCUCCAGCAAAGAAAUUUAAGCAGAACGUUUUGGAAGCUUCCUCAAUCCUUGAAGUUGAAUCAAUAGAAAACUUGAGGAAAAAACUCGAACAACUUUUCCACAUUUAACUUGAUGGAAACUCAUGUAAUGCGGAGAUAAAUGAAUGAUUCAAUGGUCCCUCUAUCGGUCUAUCCUUUUUUCUUUUUACCAUGCUGGUGAAAUCUAAACCAACGGUUAGAUGCAAGAAAAAUUGUGUUCACUUGCUAUACUUAUUAUUUUUAUAUGAAAGUCAGUUUAAAAAUUAUUUUGUAAA